AUGCCAAGAUGGCCAUCAGAAAAAUCUCUAGCAAAUAUAUAUCAUCAAACAAAAAUAGGUGGUGGUAGUCCAUUUAAUAUCAUUAAAGAUUCACGUUCAAUGGAUAAAAAUUUACUAUUAUCAAUUAGUGUACAUAAUCUAUUAUAUACUAAAAUAGCUCAAUUAAUGUUAUCAUAUAUUGAUCAUUUAAUUUUAAAUGAAAUUGAAAUAGACCUUAUCCUUAAGCAAUCAUUUCAACAAGGAACUAUUUCACAAAUUGCACAAGCAGUGAGGAUAUUAAUUGAAAAUUAUGAUGUACAACGUACAAUAACAAUUCAUUUUGAUCAGGGUACUGUUUGA